GCGCCAUUAGAAUCAGAUGUAAAAUACAAUUGAAGAAUUGUAUUAUAUUUUCAUGUAUAUUUUCAUCUUGUACAUUUUAUGCGAAUGUUGAAUGAUAGUACACGCGUAGUUACAAAUUUCUAUUUAAAUAGAAAAGGUGAUAUUAUAGGUUAUUUGUAACGCGUGACAUAAUAACAAAGAUUAAAUUGGUCAGUGAUAAUGACAAACAAAUUUAAAAUUUUCACUACCUUCGUCCGUAAUUACUCAGCACCAAAAAAGUGGGAAGUAGAUGAAGUCAGAUAUGGAAACAUUAGAUAUUAUCCAAGAUCCCCAAACCAUAAAGAUCCUCCGAUUGUACCAUCGAAGCUUUUAAUGGUUACAUUGGUAAAACCUUUUGCUGGUAAUCCAUAUUGGGAAAAAAAUGUACUUAAACAAUUGGGUAUCCAAGAAAGAGGAAGAGUUCCGGUAAUAGUUAAAAAUAUUCCCGAGAUAUGCUCGAUGCUGUGGGUAGUUAAACACCUUGUGAAAAUAACUCCAAUUAAGCUACCCGACAAGUUGCCCGAUCCGGAUGUCUUAGGUGAAAGUUAUCUGCACGAGAAUGGAACUUUGUAUGUCAUCCCUAAGAUAGAUCCAUUGCGCAUAGAGAGCACCGAACAAUUUAUAAAUAAUCCCAAAAAAUUAGAAAACGCAAGAUUAAAAGAACAGUUAAGAUUGCACUGGUUAAACGGUACUUUACCAUAAUGUGUAAUAAAAUGUAUUAAAUGUUGAUCUUAAUCUUAACAGGUAAUAUAAAAAUAGUCAUUGAACAAAUAAUAUAUUAUUUAUUCGUGUACCAUUAAUGGUCGUGCAACGAUUUGUUACAAUUUAACUUACAAUUUAUAUCCUACUAACCAUAAUGUUGAAAUUUUGUCAAACUUGUAGUUUGUUUGUAAACGGUACGAUAGGACCCGAUAGAAGUAAAGGAUGCGUGCCGCUUUAGAUCAGUCGUGCGGUCCUAUACUCAGCGAUAUUAGAUUAUUUAAUGUCUACGUUAAAAAUGAAGAAUAAUAAAAGAAAAGAAAGUAGAAGAAGGAAAAAAGACAUUGGAAAAAUCUAAGUUUGUCGAUGUGAAUAAAAUGGUUAAUGGUGUCGUCUUAUAGAUUGAAAGAGAAAUAAAAAUUAUUUUGCUAGGCCUACAUCGCAUCUUCCGGAAAAAGAUGCAUAUACACGGGUGCAUAAAUAAUAAGCAUAGUAAUAACGGCAAAAUACGAGAACGAGACUCGUAGAUCGUGCGCAAGUGGUGCGCUUGAAAAUUGCUUAUCUAUCUGGAAUGCUAACAAGUAUCUAUGCUGAAAUCGCAAACUCGAUAUCCUAUUAGUAUACUAAGCUCUAGGAAA